GAAGAUUAGAAUUAGAAAUUGAUAGAAAAGCAAGGAUAUGGGUUCGUGUGAGUAGGCAACAAAAACUAUCUAUUCUAGUUCUAUUAUCAGCAAUGGGGUUUAAUAUAAGAGAAAUUCUAGAGAAUGUUUGCUAUCCUGAACUAUUUUUGUCUUUUCUGAAUGAUAAAAAAAAAUAGGGUCAAAAGAAAAUGCUAUUUUGGAAUUUUAUCAACAAUUUGCUUGUGUAGAGGGAGAUCCGGUAUUUUCUGAAUCCUUAUCUAAGGAUUUACAAAAAAAAUUCUUUCAACAAAGAUGUGAAUUGGGAGGGAUUGGUCGACGAAAUAUGAAUCGGAGACUAAACCUUGAUAUACCCCAGAACAAUACAUUUUUGUUACCGCGAGAUAUAUUGGCAGCCGCGGAUCGUUUGAUUCGAAUAAAAUUUGGAAUGGGUACACUUGACGAUAUGAAUCAUUUGCAAAAUAAACGUAUUCGUUCUGUAGCAGAUCUUUUACAAGAGCAAUUUGGAUUGGCCUUGGUUCGUUUAGAAAAUAUGGCUCGAGGAAACAUAUAUGCAGCACUUAAGCAUAACUGGACACCAACUCCUCAGAACUUGGUAAAUUCAACUCCAUUAACAGAUACUUAUAAAGUUUUUUUCCGUUUACACCCAUUAUCUCAAGUUUUGGAUCGAACUAAUCCACUGACACAAAUAGUUCAUGGGAGAAAAUUGAGUUAUUUGGGCCCGGGGGGAUUGACUGCGCGAACUGCUACUUUUCCAAUACGAGAUAUUCAUCCUAGUCACUAUGGGCGUAUUUGCCCAAUUGACACAUCUGAAGGAAUAAAUGUUGGACUUAUUGGAUCCUUAGCAAUUCAUGCGAGGAUUGGCCGUUGGGGGUCUCUAGAAAGUCCGUUUUAUCAAAUUUCUGAGAGAUCAAAAGGGGCACAGAUGCUUUAUUUAUCACCGGGUAGAGAUGAAUACUAUAUGGUAGCAGCAGGAAAUUCUUUGGCCUUGAAUCAGGGUAUUCAGGAAGAACAGGUUGUUCCAGCUCGGUAUCGUCAAGAAUUCCUGACUAUUGCAUGGGAACAGGUUCAGCUUCGAAGUAUUUUUGCCUUCCAAUAUUUUUCUAUUGGAGCUUCCCUCAUUCCUUUUAUCGAGCAUAAUGAUGCGAAUCGGGCUUUAAUGAGUUCUAAUAUGCAACGCCAAGCAGUCCCUCUUUCUCAGUCCGAGAAGUGCAUUGUUGGAACUGGAUUGGAAGGCCAAGCGGCUCUAGAUUCAGGGGCUCUUGCUAUAGCCGAACACGAAGGAAAGAUUUUUUAUACCGAUACUGACAAGAUCCUUUUAUCAGGUAAUGGGGAUACUCUAAGGAUUCCAUUAGUUAUGUAUCAACGUUCCAACAAAAAUACUUGUAUGCAUCAAAAAAAGUUUGUGGUUUGA